UGCAAUGAUAUAAAUUAUCAACUAACUGAAACUUAACAAGAUUAUUGUUAUUCAACGAUCUCAAAGUUAUUAAACUAAAGGAAAUUAUUGGAAACUGAUGUAAAAGAGAGAGAGGAAGAAAAAGAGAGAUGAAGAGCAAAAGAAAAGGGAGAGAUUGAGAGGUUGACUUCGCUCUUUGUAGAGAAGGCAAAGGGCUCGCUCCGGAACUACACUCUCCAGCCAACAGAAUCUGAUCAUCAUGGCGGUUAAGUUUGCUGAUCCAGAAUUUGUACAUGAGGUGAAUGAUGAGAAACUGCGUAACAACAUAGUGGAUGUUCUGAAAAGAAAUGGUCCUCAGAGAGUUUUGCUGUCUGGUAAAGCUGGGACCGGGAAGACGAGGCUGGCAAACAUUGUGGGAGAGCAUGUCAUCAAGACCGGCUUGUGCUUUCUGACCAUCUUCUUGCAUCUCAACAGGAAGUUUAAGGAUCAAUGGUCGCUCUACGAGAACAUAGCUUCUCAGCUAUGUGUUUACUCUGAUUUUGAAGAGACUGAAUUGGAUGAUAGGGAUGAGGACGAGGAGGAUGAGAAGGAACUCACCGACUUUGAUUUGAAGAAGAAGAUACUUGACGAAAUCGUUAAGCAAAGAAAAGACAUCGACCAAAAGAUCGAGAAUGAGAGAUUGGAGGCUGCAAAGGCCAAUAAGGAUGCUGGAAACAAGGCUGCGGGUAAAAAAAAGGAUAAGGCAACUGAAGCAGAGACGACGCUGCCAGCUGAGGAUGCGAAGAAAGAUACUCCGUCUUCAGGAAAGCCAUGUAUUCUAUUGAUUCUUGAUGAUGAAGGAAACCAAACCAGUGAAGAGGUGGUGAUGAAUAUAAUGGGACUUUGGAAGUUUCUUGUUGAUGAUAUUCUUGAAGAUGUCAACCGUCUCAAGAUUCUUGUUACGAAAGGAGGCGAGGAGCCUACAAAGGCUGUUGUUGCUGACGUAAAGAGUGAGAAUGGAAGUGAAGGGAAAGAGGGAGGAAAGAGUGAGAGUGAAAGUGAAGAGCAAGAUGGAGUAAAGAGUGAGAGUGGAAGUGAAGAGCAAGAUGGAGCAAAGAGUGAGAAUGGAAGUGAAGAGAAAGAGGAACCAGAGAGUGAGAAUGGAAGUGGAGAGCAAGAUGAAGCAGAGAGUGUGAAUGGAAGUGAAGAGCAAGAUGGAGCAAAGAGUGAGAAUAUAACUGAAGGGCUAGAGAGAGCAAAGAGCGAGAAUAAUACUGGAGAGCUGGAGAGAGCAAAGAGUGAGAAUAUAACAACUGAAGGGCUAGAGGGAGCAAAGAGAGACAGCGAAAUUGUGCCAGAUGAGGGUACUCGGUCACAAGCCGCGGAGAACGUACAAGAUACAAAGCGUGAUGGGGACAGUGGCCAGUCUACUAAAGAUGUGUCGGUGGCAGCUACAAAUUCCUAUGACGAUCUAAUCAAUUUCCAUACCACGGAUGUCUCAGAGGAAUUACGUAACUCAAUUCAUGAGACUAACCUGCAGAAUUUGUUUAUGGUUCUUAUCACAAAAGACUACGUGGAGACUUUUGCAGACUACAUAGAUAAGAUUGUGAGCAAAAGCAAGAAUUCGCCAGCUGCAAUCGUCGUGCUAGCCAAGUCCCUAAAGUUGAUUAUGCUAAGCAAAAAAUGUCCGAGCACAGAAGGUUAUACGGAACUAAAAGAAAAGAUAGACGAGGUUCUCUCAGCUGAUCGGUCUGAUUCACCGGAUUUAUGUUCUGCUUCUGAGAGUGCUGUCAAUCCAAUCUUCUAUCUUGCAUAUGUGCUGUUGAAAACCUAUGAUACAUCAAAGGGUGCCAUCUUGGAUUGUUUUUGGCAUAGCUUGGACUUCUUUAAGCAAUGUGGCUGUGUUUACUACCGUGACCUGAUCACACAAUGGAUGCUUGAAGGCUACUUUGAUCCUGUUAGGUCUGUCGAAAAGGCGUACCAGGAAGGUCAUUCUAUCUUGAUGGAUCUUAUAAACCGCGGAAUGCUGAAGAUACAAGAAAACAAUGUGGUGGUACCAGAGAUGACGAUGAUCAGUUUAAUUGAUCCUCGACUUGGAGGCCAUUUCGGGAGAUCUCGACUUGGAUUUUCUAGAGUCUAUUGCGGUGACAAGGAAAAUGGUAUUGGGAAAAUCACGCAGAUAGAUGAUAUGAUUAAAACCGUGCAAGCAAAGAAAGUAGACAAGGUUACCACGAUUCUGGUUGGUGGAGAUCGUCUGCGUCGUGAAAAUCCUAAAACGUACUUCGAAAAUCUGAAAGAGCUUGAAGUACUUGGUCUUUUUGAACCCACACUAGAACCUCUUAUCCCGUCUUUUAAGGAUCAUCUCAAACUCCUCCGGGUUCUUGUAAUCAGGGACUGUGAUCUACUGGACAGUAUUGAAGAGCUUCAGACUCUUACAAAGCUGAAUACUCUCGAAGUUUCUGGUGCUAGCUCCCUGAAGGAAAUCAGUCCUGAUUUCUUCAAGGCAUUUCUUGAACUUCAAAGUCUUCACCUCUCCGGGCUUAAGAUCACAUCUUCCCCUCCCAGCAUUUCUGAUUUGACCCAACUUCAUUGUCUCAUCAUCAAGGACUGCCAUUUAUUGGAAGAUCUGCCAAACAUACAGGAGCUAGUGAAUCUUGAGGUUGUUGAUGUCUCUGGUGCUCGUGGACUUCAGACUUGUUUCGACAACCAAAAAGGUGACAAGAAAAACAAAAGCAAAAACAAAAACUUUUACCUUCUUAAAAAACUUCAGCUCCUUGACUUCUCGGAGAGCCAAAUAGAGCGUCUGCCAAUAUUCCAGGACUCUGCGGUGGGGGACAAGCUUAAAUUAUUGACUCGGCUCUUGUUGCGCAAUUGUACCAAACUGAGAAGAUUGCCUAGUUUGAAGCCCUUGUCGGGUCUCCAAAUUCUUGAUCUUUCCGGCACUACUAGCUUAGUGGAAAUGCUUGAAGUGUGCUUCGAGGAUAAGCCUGAACUCAAAACUCUGAAUCUCUCAGGAACUAAUCUUAGCGAGUUGGCUACCACCAUCGAUGAGCUGUCCAGUCUCAAUGAACUUCUCCUACGGAAUUGCAUCAACCUAGAUGCUAUCCCAAACAUCCAGAAACUCAAAAAUCUCGAAGUCAUUGAUGUUUCCGGCAGUAGCAAGCUGGAGAAGAUUGAGGGAUCAUUUGAGGACAUGUUUUACCUACGUGAAGUGAACCUGCGUGGAACCAAAGUGGAGACGACACCAGAGUUGCCAAAGGACACCAAAAUCCAUUGUGUAAAGAGUAUUAUUCUGGCAGAUGGAAGGCUUUUUGAAGGUAAGGAUUGGGACGAAGUAAGGAGCAAAAUGUCAAGUGAGAAUCCUAGCUCCUCUGAUGCAGCAGUUGUUGCACCCCAAGAAAUCUCAGAAGAAACAAGAGAGAUUCAAUCAGCUGAACCACGCGCCAGUGAUUGUACUGAGAUUGGAGAUGCCACGCGCAAGGAACGUCUUCUCCAAGUCCCCAUAGACAGGGCUCUAUAUAAGAAGACACUAACAUCACUUGUUGAUUCCGAAAGUCCACAGGAAGUCAUGGAGAUCAAUGAAACUAAUAAGCUGGAUGAUGGCGCACUAGCUAAGGCUGAGUUUGUGUCUUUUGUGGACUGUACUCCUACAAGGUUCACAUCUAUCUUUAACAAGACCAAAGUGGUGAAGGGUUGCUGGCUAAAGAUGUGCUUUGACAUAAACGACCUUUUCUCUGGUGUGGAUGAGGAAAAUUUGAAAUCAUUGGAGACUUUAUCGAUUACAAAUCUUCUAUCGUUGGAGACAAUAAGCUGUGCUGGUAGCUUAGAGAAUCUGAAGAACCUAAGCUUAGAUUGCUGCCCGAAAAUCACAACGAUUUUCUCGGAGAUGCCUACCAGCCUACAAGUCCUGAAUAUAAAGCAUUGUGAGAACCUGGAGAAAGUUGUUGAAAAAGUCGAAGUGUCAUCUCACGAUAAUCUGACAGUGAAACGCGAGAAUUGCCCAAACUUUGGAGUCGUAUCUGCUUGAGUCGUCUUUGCACCAAAUCUUGUCUCUUUUCAACUUCAUCUUAGCAUUUUACACUGCGUGUAUUUGCAGGACUACGUUAUGGUUGAACACAGUGAUGCAUCACCACCAUAAGAAUGAAAGGAGCUGGAGCAAGGUCUACUUACAAAGUACGAAGCAUCAUGUUCGUCGCCUGUAAUCAUUUUCGUACUUGUUCUGCGUGUGUCUGAAGCUUUGUAUGUUGAAUAACAACCGGCUUUGAAAUAUCAUCUAACCGGUUUUUUUUUUACUCUUUGUUUCUGUUUUAAGAUAUUUCCUGCAGUAAAAUCCCAGGCAUAGUGUGUUGUGAUCUUGUCUGGGGUGAAUAAGACCCUUGUUUUGAUUGUUUAUUCUUUUCUCAAACAUUAUAUUUAUUUCUA